UCGCCUCGCUAGCGCGGCGGCGGCGAGGGCAGGGCAGCGCCUGUAACUGGAAACCAAAGCCUUCACCGUCACCGCCCGGCCACUUUCCAUUCACUCCUAGGUGCUUAAUUGCGGGCUGGGGAGAAGCGCUCCUGCUGCCUUAGGAGUCCAGCUACAAGGAUUAUUUUACAAAGGAGCCCGGAGUACCUUUGCAACCACCGGGAAGAGAGACUUUUCUUUAUUUUUUUUUUUAUUUUCCCCCCACACAGUGAGCCAGGUUUGGAAUUAAAAUGUUCUGGUGACAGGAGUGGAGUCUGUAAACUGAUAGAAACCAGAUAGAAAUCUGUAUUACUGGUUCCUCCAAUAGCUGGGUUUUGUUUCUUGGAUAUUAAGUUGCAAAUCUGAAGAGAGAUGGCAUUUCUUGCACUGCACGUGUUGAUUGGGAUAUUUAUUUACGUUAGCAGUGUAAAAGGAUCUUCCCAGCCUCAAGCAAGGGUGUUUUUAACAUUCAAUGAGCUGCAAGAAACUAAGACCUCUGAAUAUCACAGGAUAUCCCACAGUCCCCUGGAUUACAGGAUAUUAUUAAUGGAUGAAGAUCAGGAUCGGAUCUAUGUGGGCAGCAAAGAUCAUAUUCUGUCUUUGAAUAUUAAUAAUAUAAGCCAGGACCCUCUCAGUAUUUUCUGGCCAGCAUCAGCAAACAAGGUUGAAGAGUGCAAAAUGGCUGGCAAAGAUCCUACACAUGGCUGUGGAAAUUUUGUGCGUGUGAUACAGUCGUACAACCGCACACACCUGUAUGUCUGCGGCAGCGGCGCCUUCAGCCCCGUGUGUGUGUAUGUCAACAGAGGGCGCAGGUCUGAGGAACAAAUCUUCAAGAUUGACUCCAAGUGUGAAUCAGGAAAGGGACGCUGUUCUUUCAACCCUAAUGUGAACACGGUGUCUGUUAUGAUCAAUGAAGAGCUUUUUUCAGGAAUGUAUAUUGAUUUCAUGGGGACGGAUGCGGCCAUUUUUCGGAGUCUGACCCGGAGGAAUGCAGUGCGAACUGACCAGCACAACUCCAAGUGGCUGAGUGAGCCUAUUUUUGUGGAUGCUCAUGUUAUCCCAGAUGGCACGGACCCCAACGAUGCCAAAAUCUACUUCUUCUUCAAAGAGAGACUCACAGACAACAGCGGCAGCACAAAGCAAAUUCAUUCAAUGAUUGCAAGAAUAUGCCCAAAUGACACAGGUGGUCAGCGUAGUCUUGUGAACAAGUGGACAACAUUCUUGAAAGCAAGACUUGUGUGCUCAGUAAUGGAUGAAGAUGGAACAGAAACAUACUUUGAUGAAUUAGAGGAUGUGUUUCUUUUAGAGACAGAUAACCCCAGAACAACGCUUGUGUAUGGAAUUUUUACAACAUCAAGCUCCAUAUUUAAAGGCUCAGCCGUGUGUGUGUAUCAUCUAUCUGACAUCCAGACCGUGUUCAAUGGGCCAUUUGCACACAAGGAGGGCCCAAACCACCAGCUGAUUCCAUAUCAGGGCAGAAUUCCGUACCCGCGACCUGGCACCUGUCCAGGAGGAGCCUUCACACCUAAUAUGCGGACAACCAAAGAGUUUCCAGAUGAUGUUGUGACCUUCAUCAGGAAUCACCCUUUGAUGUUUAAUCCCAUUUACCCAAUACACAAGAGGCCAUUGAUCAUCCGGAUAGGAGCCGACUACAAGUAUACAAAGAUUGCUGUGGAUCGAGUGAAUGCUGCUGAUGGAAGAUACCACGUCUUGUUUCUUGGAACAGAUCAAGGAACCGUACAAAAAGUUGUUGUCUUACCCACCAAUUUCUCUGCAAGUGGAGAACUCAUUUUAGAAGAGCUGGAGGUUUUUCAGAGUAAUUCUCCUAUAACAACAAUGAAGAUUUCAUCUAAAAAGCAACAGUUGUACGUGAGCUCAGACGAAGGGGUCACCCAGGUAUCCUUGCAUCGCUGCCACAUCUACGGGACAGCCUGCGCUGACUGCUGCCUAGCCCGAGAUCCGUACUGCGCCUGGGAUGGCAGCUCCUGCUCCAGGUUUUAUCCUACAGGGAAAAGGAGGAGUCGUAGGCAAGACGUGAGACAUGGAAACCCUCUGACUCAGUGCCGAGGUUUCAACCUGAAAGCAUACAGAAACGCUGCAGAAAUAGUUCAGUAUGGAGUAAAAAACAACACCACCUUUCUCGAAUGCACACCCAAAUCUCCUCAGGCUUCUAUUAAAUGGCUGCUACAGAAAGAAAAUGACAGGAGGAAAGAGGUCAAGCUGAAUGAGAGGAUCAUAGCUACUGAGCAAGGACUCCUCAUUCGCUCUGUCCAAGACAGCGACCGGGGGCUUUACCACUGCAUCGCAACAGAGAACAGCUUCAAGCAGACCUUAGCAAAGAUCAAUUUCAAAGUGUUGGAUUCAGAGAUGGUGGCCUUCAUGACUGACAAGUGGUCCCCUUGGACCUGGGCCAGCUCGGUGCGAGCGCUGCAGUUCCACCCAAAGGACUUUGUGGGAGCUUUCAGCCACUCAGAAAUGCAGAUGAUUAACCAGUACUGCAAAGACAGUAGACAGCAAGGUCAGCAGAGGGAAGAAUCCCAGAAGAUGAGAGGGGACUACAGCAAACUAAAGGCUCUUAUCAAUAGCAGGAAAAGUAGAAAUAGAAGGAAUCAAUUACCUGGAUCUUAAUUUUAUUUUGUAGUAAUAGAUAUCUUUGUCCUUACUGUAGGGGGCUUAUAUUUGUCUGUUGAGAACAAAUUUGAGCAAAUCUGAUGAAAAAUUAAAUGAAAAUCCAACAAGCCUCAGAAAAGAUCCUCCUCCCAGUAAAAUGCAGUGUAACUUAACUAAAGAAAAUAACGCAGAGCAUUUUCUUUUCUGGAUGCCUACUGACACUAGGUUGGGCUCUGUCCUAGAAGCAGAACUGAGUAUUCAUCUUAAACCAGAUUCACAUUUAACAUCUCAGUAUUUAAUUACAGUUGAAUAGAAGUUUUUACAAAAUCAAUGCAUUAUCUUGCAGCUCUGGAACUGUACCAACCAGACUGGUGGUGAAAGAAUCUGGGUUAAGAUGCAUGCUUGAAGUAGGAUGGUACUAAGAUUUCCUUGCACUGCAUUUAAGAACAUGAGUUCCUUCUUGUUUACUGUUCAAUAUUGGGUUUACAGCUUUCACUCAUUGUUCAAAUCAUGUAAAUGCAUGCUGAUAGGAAGCAAGUAAAGUAUAGUAGAAAUGUUUCAUUCAUUCAGAGUUCAAAUGAAGGAACGAGUAGAAGAAAAAAAAAAUUAUACUUUAUCAGAGGAAACACUGAUUAUUGUGCAUAGUAUGAGUUGUAAUAAAUUCAUGAGUUCUGGAAUGUAACUUAAAAUAUUUCUGCUCAUAUUGAUUUUUAUUAAAAUAGGGUGUCCUAUAACACUACAUAGCUUUAUAAGUGGCACAAAGCUAACAUGAGAAUGUUCAUUAUACAUACAAUUUUGAAAAACACCUAAGUGACUUAGGUAUUUUAGCUAUUUUUCAAAGAAUUACACUCCAGUUUUUUUCAAAGGACAGAAUGUGGGUAUACAGUAUAGUGUUUACCCAGAAAUGAAAAACAUAGAUUAUCUUUAAUCUGUUCCAUGAUUAAAUUGGAGAUGGUCUGCAAUGUAGAAACAAGUCAUAAGUGUCUUUGAAAAUUUUAAAACAUGAUUUUUUCAACUGUUUUCUCAAAGUUGCAAAUAUUUUAACUGAAAUU